AUGAAUUAUCAAGGGAUGAGAGAAGACAAUGUUUCUGUGGUGAUACAAUUUAUCCUCAUGGGAUUUUCUGACCUUUCAGAGUUCCAAGGGUUACUGUUUGGAGUCUUCUCCAUCAUUUACAUGAUCAUCUUAGUUGGAAAUAGCCUCAUAAUCAUAAUAACCAGGAUUGACAAUGCACUGCAGACACCUAUGUACUUCUUCCUGACCAAUUUUUCCUUUUUAGAGAUCUGUUAUGUCUCAGUCACUCUCCCAAAGAUUCUCAUGAAUCUUUGGACUCAGGAGAGAAGAAUUUCUAAGCUGGAGUGUGCCAUUCAAAUGUACUUCUUUCUCGUACUGGGAACUGGUGAAUGUUUUCUCCUGGCAGUGAUGGCCUAUGACCGCUACGUGGCCAUUUGUAACCCUCUGCACUAUCCCCUGCUCAUGAACCACAAGAUGUGUAUAUGCUUAGCUGUUGGCUCUUGGGUCAGUGGAAUCCCAUUCCAGAUUGGGCAAACAUGGUUAAUUUUCUCUAUGCAUUUCUGUGGCUCGAACCAAAUUGACCACUUCUUCUGUGAUGUACCUCCCGUCCUCAAGCUAGCCUGCGGGAACACUUCUGUCAAUGAGAUAUCCAUCUAUGUAGCAACAGUGUUGAUUAUUGUAACCCCUUUCAUGUUGAUAAUUGCAUCUUAUAGCAAAAUCAUUGCUACUAUUCAAAAGUUGCCAACAGCCAGCGGAAGAGAAAAAGCCUUCUCCACCUGUUCUUCACACCUCCUAGUUGUGGUUUUAUUCUUUGGUUCUGCAAUCGUUACUUACUUCAGAUCCAAAUCCAAUCAGUCUGCAGCAACAGACAAGCUGCUCUCUCUUUUCUACACGGUCAUGAUCCCAAUGUUUAACCCCAUGAUAUAUACCCUCAGGAACAAGGAUGUGAUCAAUGCAUUAAGGAAAUUGUUUCUGAACAAAACAGUGUGUGGAGUCAAAUUAUAA